GCUGGGGACCUGCCCUCCUCCUCGGCCGCCCGCUUCCUCCUUGCCUGGAGAAAGAUUACCACUUUGAAUAUACAGAAUGUGAUAGCAGCGGCUCCCGGUGGAGAGUCGCCAUUCCGAAUUCUGCAGUGGACUGCUCUGGCCUGCCUGACCCAGUGAGAGGCAAAGAAUGCACUUUCUCCUGUGCUUCUGGAGAGUAUCUAGAAAUGAAGAACCAGGUAUGCAGCAAAUGUGGCGAAGGUACCUAUUCCUUGGGCAGUGGCAUCAAAUUUGAUGAAUGGGAUGAAUUGCCAGCUGGAUUUUCCAACGUUGCAACAUUCAUGGACACUGUGGUCGGCCCUUCUGACAGCAGGCCAGAUGGCUGUAACAACUCUUCUUGGGUCCCUCGUGGAAAUUACAUAGAGUCAAAUCGUGAUGACUGCACAGUAUCUUUGAUCUAUGCUGUGCACCUUAAGAAGUCGGGUUAUGUCUUCUUUGAGUACCAGUAUGUCGACAACAACAUCUUCUUUGAGUUCUUUAUUCAAAAUGAUCAGUGCCAGGAGAUGGACACCACCGCAGACAAGUGGGUAAAACUCACAGACAAUGGAGAAUGGGGCUCUCAUUCUGUAAUGCUGAAGUCAGGCACCAACAUACUGUACUGGAGAACUACCGGCAUCCUAAUGGGUUCUAAGGCAGUCAAGCCUGUUUUGGUAAAAAAUAUCACAAUUGAAGGGGUGGCAUACACAUCAGAAUGCUUUCCGUGCAAGCCAGGAACCUUCAGCAACAAACCAGGCUCGUUCAUCUGCCAAGUCUGUCCCAGAAACACCUACUCUGAGAAAGGAGCCAAAGAAUGCAUCAAGUGUGAAGAGGAGUCCCAGUUUUCAGAGGAAGGGUCCAGCGAAUGUAUGGAGCGACCUCCCUGUACCACAAAAGACUAUUUCCAGAUCCAUACUCCAUGCGAUGAAGAAGGAAAGACACAAAUUAUGUACAAGUGGAUAGAGCCCAAAAUCUGCCGGGAGGAUGUCACGGAUGCUAUUAGGUUGCCCCCUUCUGGAGAGAAGAAGGAUUGUCCACCUUGCAACCCUGGCUUUUAUAACAAUGGAUCAUCUUCUUGCCAUCCCUGCCCUCCUGGAACAUUUUCGGAUGGAACAAAGGAAUGUAGGCCGUGUCCCGCUGGAAUGGAGCCUGCGCUUGGGUUUGAAUACAAAUGGUGGAAUGUCCUUCCUGGCAACAUGAAAACUUCCUGCUUUAAUGUUGGGAAUUCAAAGUGUGAUGGAAUGAAUGGUUGGGAGGUGGCUGGAGAUCAUAUCCAGAGUGGGGCUGGAGGUUCGGAUAAUGAUUACCUGAUCUUAAACUUGCAUAUCCCAGGAUUUAAACCACCAACAUCUAUGACUGGAGCCAUGGGUUCUGAACUUGGAAGAAUAACAUUUGUCUUUGAGACCCUCUGUUCGGCUGACUGUGUUCUGUAUUUCAUGGUGGAUAUUAAUAGAAAAAGUACCAACGUGGUGGAAUCAUGGGGUGGAACCAAAGAAAAACAAGCUUAUACCCACAUCAUCUUCAAGAAUGCAACAUUUACAUUUACAUGGGCAUUCCAGAGAACUAAUCAGGGCCAAGAUAAUAGACGGUUCAUCAAUGACAUGGUGAAGAUUUAUUCUAUCACUGCCACUAAUGCAGUUGAUGGGGUGGCGUCCUCAUGCCGUGCCUGUGCCCUCGGUUCUGAACAGUCGGGCUCAUCGUGUGUCCCCUGCCCCCCAGGCCACUACAUUGAGAAAGAAACCAACCAGUGCAAGGAGUGUCCACCUGACACCUACCUGUCCAUACAUCAAGUCUAUGGCAAGGAGGCUUGUAUUCCAUGUGGGCCUGGGAGUAGAAGCACUCAGGACCACUCAGUUUGCUAUAGUGACUGCUUUUUCCACCAUGAAAAAGAAAAUCAGAGUUUGCACUAUGACUUCAGCAACCUCAGCAGCGUGGGCUCGUUAAUGAAUGGACCCAGCUUUACUUCCAAAGGAACAAAAUACUUCCAUUUCUUCAAUAUUAGUUUAUGUGGGCAUGAGGGGAAGAAGAUGGCUCUUUGUACCAACAAUAUAACAGACUUUACAGUAAAGGAAAUGGUGGCAGGGUCAGAUGAUUACACGAAUUUGGUAGGAGCAUAUGUAUGCCAGUCAACUAUUAUUCCCUCUGAGAGUAAGGGUUUCCGAGCAGCCUUAUCAUCACAGUCCAUCAUUCUGGCAGAUACAUUUUUAGGAGUGACAGUUGAAACUACAUUGCAAAAUAUUAAUAUAAAAGAAGAUAUGUUUCCACUUCCACCUAGCCAAAUACCAGAUGUGCAUUUCUUUUAUAAGUCUUCUACAACUACAACAUCUUGUGUUAAUGGCCGAUCAACUGCUGUGAAAAUGAGGUGCAAUCCUACUAAACCAGGAGCAGGAGUGAUUUCAGUCCCCAGCAAGUGCCCAGCAGGCACCUGUGAUGGGUGUACAUUCUAUUUUCUGUGGGAGAGUGCCGAAGCUUGCCCUCUGUGCACAGAACAUGACUUCCAUGAGAUUGAGGGAGCCUGUAAGAGAGGAUUUCAGGAAACCUUGUAUGUAUGGAAUGAACCUAAAUGGUGCAUUAAAGGAAUUUCUUUGCCUGAGAAAAAGUUGUCAACCUGCGAAACCGUUGACUUUUGGCUGAAAGUGGGAGCAGGUGUGGGAGCUUUCACUGCGGUUUUGCUGGUGGCUCUAACUUGCUACUUCUGGAAAAAGAAUCGGAAACUGGAGUACAAAUAUUCCAAGUUAGUGAUGACAACUAACUCAAAGGAGUGUGAACUCCCAGCUGCAGACAGUUGUGCUAUCAUGGAAGGAGAAGAUAAUGAGGAAGAAGUUGUAUAUUCCAAUAAACAGUCACUACUGGGAAAACUCAAAUCCUUGGCAACAAAGGAAAAAGAAGACCAUUUUGAAUCUGUUCAACUGAAAUCCUCAAGAUCCCCAAAUAUAUGAAAAGACAGUGCCGUAGCCUUCAGGCUAAGGAACAAAGAAAGCUGAUCUCUAGUUUCAGAGGACCGUAGUUUAGAUCCUGUCCUCAUAUCCGGCACAUUGGUGAUCUCACAGAGGAGGGCCAUGCCGCUGAAAAGGGAAGGAGGUUGAAAUGUUUGAUUGCCUUAUCACAUGGUCAAGUAUCUUGCCAAAAAUAGGAAAGCAAAUGGUUUGGGUCUCAACUGAAGAUGAAGCUCCACUCAGGAAGAGAUUUAUCUGUAAAUAGACAUAACUGGAAACCAAGGUUAAGCCCACCAGUGCACUGCUGAUGCAUGCCAUAUAAUUAAUGGGUAACUUUUAUUCUUUAUAACUUCUACAUAAAAAGUAUGCUUUGGAGGGCAGAUUUGAGCGUAUGCAUUGUGAUCCCAUUUAUGUCUUUUCUUUGGGGAAGAUUUGAAAAAAUUUUAAGGUAGAGUUUUUUUCCCCAUUAUUUAUUUUC